UUAACCAAUCAUAAUGAGCUGUCGUGUCCAAGUGGGGCUACGGCAAGCCACUUAGUCCUUAAAAGCUGUGACUGAUCACUGUUGCCUUCCAACUAAGAAAACAACAUAACUGUCCACGGAGUCAAGUGAAGAUACAAAUUAUUUGGAACAGUAUGAGGUGUGGCAGGUGUAGUGUGCAGUGGGGGGGUCUGCUCCUCCUCCUGUCCUCCUUUCUGCUGUGUGUUCACUCCCAGGUGGAUCCGCAGCAGCAGCAGCAGCCGCCGGUCGUGGAGAGUGCAGCUCACAUAUCCGGCCACGGUCACGGUCGCCUGGACAAAAACAUGGUCCAGGACAAAGACCACAUCAUGGAACAUUUAGAAGGCAUGAUAGACAAACCAGAGAAGGACAUGACACCCCAGGAGCUUCAGCUGCACUAUUUCAAGAUGCAUGAUUACGAUGGCAACAACCUGCUGGAUGGUCUGGAGCUAGCCACAGCUAUCACACAUGUACACAGAGAGGAGAGAGGAGAGAACAGCCAGCCAAUGAGAGAGGAGGACCUUAUGACGCUCAUUGAUGAUGUUCUGAGGGACGAUGACAAAAACAAUGACGGUUAUAUAGAUUACGCAGAGUUUGCCAAAUCACUGGAGUAAGAUGUCACCUGAGCACUGACAUUCUUCAUGACGACGACGACGACGACGACUACAACAACAAGGAAUCUGCCGAGAAGAGAGGUCAAACUAAGAAGCUGCUGUCUAGAAAACAACUGUUUAAUUUUUGCUUUCUGUCUCAUAGGCGAUCAAUCAGGGUUAUUGGUAAUUUAUGGAAGUCUUGGAAAUUUUUGUACUUUCUAAGUUUGUGAUACUUCUGUUUUAUUUUAAUUUUUUUUUCAUCUAAUGUCCAAGCUGGUAGCAGCAAAACUGGUUAUGCCAGUAAUUUAAUAAGCGACAACAAAGGAGGAAAACAAAAUGCCCCCGUUUUUAGCUUGACUCUGGUGUAUGCUUACACUUGCAGUGACUUCUGCACCUUCUGUUUUUGUAGGUUUCUUGAAAUCAUGCCUUUUUUUUUUUUUUAAUUUUAAAAUUUUUUUUUUUAUAAAGGUCAGUUCACCUAAUAUCCCUAACAAACACAUUUUUCUACUUAACCCCUCCUGGUAUCUAACCAUGGAUGUAUACUUUUCAUUCUGUUUUGCAAGGUUUAGAGAUCUCUGCAGUGACUUCUGCCAAAAGCCCUAUACAAUGAAAGCCCAAUACUUCCAUUGAGAACUAGCACAACUACAAAUGAAAACGGUCUACCCAGAGCAUCAUUUUAAUGCACUGAGCAUCACAAACAAAAUACCAUUCACCUCCACUGUAGUUGCAUGGUAGCAGAGGUCUCAGUGGCAGUUAUCGUGGCAAAUAAAACCAAAGCUCCCUGCAUGGCUACUGUAGGGGAACGUGAGAAUUGGGUGAAUUGGCCCUUUUUAUAUGUACAGGAGCUCUAUAGUAUGUGUUCUUCUUUUAGUGGUGCUACACUUGAUAGCCCAAUAUCAUCUGACCAGAAUGUCAUCACUUUAAAUGGACUACAGUUUCCAUUUGAGACGUGUUUCUGUGCAGUGCGCACACUGGACUCAAGCAGAGACCCGCUCAUUUGCAUUAGCUAACACACUGUUGCCGUGUGAUACUCAACACGGUGGACCAAAUGAUUCCUUCUGUGAAUCCAUUUCGUUUGCUGUUUGUGGUGAGGAUGAGACAAAGCAGUCGUUCUCAUCACGUAGGAAAGUGGCCUUGACUUGCUCAGAUGUACACUAUAUAGCCUGAUGUAGUGUGUGUGUGUGUGCGCAGAGCUGCUGAACUGAUGAGGUGACUUUGCAGUUUAUUUUGGAGGGAACCUCAAGGUUACAGGCAGAACAACACACUAUUGAAUGUUGCCAGCAGAGACUCCGUGCAGCAUAGUGGCACGUCAGCAUCGCGUAUUUCCUCCUGAGGUUGUAUUUGCUGUUGUUUUCAUGAAGAUUACCGCAAUUAUAUGAGCCAAUCACCACCAUCUUCACCGCAGUCUGUCAGCCAGCAGAUACUUGACAUAAAUGCAUAAAGUGAGCGUAAAGCAGCCCCAUACUGCUGAUUCUUUAUCACUGGAUAAGCUAGACUUAAAGCACACUGGCUGCUGCUGCUGCUGCAGCUGACCUAGUUUCAUGGGUUUGCAGUAAAGCACUUGUUAUAAACCAUUGAACACAACACAUGUUUGCUUCAAAUCAUUAGCUGCCUUUAAAAACAGAUAUGGAUCAAACAUGCCAGGUCUCUGUGUGUGUCAGCGUUUGUUGAAUCCAUCUGUGAUUGUUUCUAAAGUAUGAUUUUUGUAUGGAUGAAUUCUAUAUUUUUGCCAUCCAGUAUUGAUUCUUCAAUCAAUUCAGGUCGUUGAAUACAAAUAUUUAAACAGCUGAAAGCACAGCAGAUGCAACUGUGUUGUCUCUGGAAUGUGAAAUAUUAAAAGCUGUAAUCUACA